AAUACUCUUGCAUUUAAAACAACAUGGAUCGGCUUAACAGUGACUGCAUUGCAUCUAUAGCGCACUAUCUUACACUCCAGGAUCAGAUUACCAUGUCGCGCGUCUCCAAUACAUUUUUGGACGCCUUGUGUUCCACAGAAUGGAGGAAAGAUAAGUACCGGAACUUUCGGACACAAGAUGAUUGUCUGAGGGCACUUAGUAAGGAGGACUAUCAAUAUUUUCUGGAGCAAAUCAGUCCCGCCAUGAAGGAGCUGCAUAUAGGCGAAAUCUUUUCCAGGGCAUUCAGUUCAUAUCUUGGCCGCCAUCUAUUGCGUCCGGAACUGGCGUUCUAUCUACGUCUGAACUUUUGUAAUUUGAGAGAAUUUCACUGUGAGGACGAUAAGAUAAACGAUAGCAUGAUACGCACACUAUCCAGCUUUUGCCCGGAGUUACAUGUCUUAGAUGUUACAGGCAGAUAUAUUACCGGAAAGUUCAUAUAUACGAUGUCCAAGCUGAAGACAUUACGUUUGCACUCCUGCUCCAUCGAGGAAAACUAUUUGCUUGAACUAUUGUACACUUUAAAACAAUUACAACAAUUGAAAAUAAUUGGAAAUCGUCACAAUGUCGAGAAUUUGAUCUUGAAGGUACCAUUUAGUGUUCUGCCGUUGAAGGAAUUAUGCAUAAGCGAUGCACGUAAUUUUGGUUUACAUUUGGCUGCAAAAUUGCCAAAACUGGAGGAAUUGACAGUUUAUGAUUCACAUCUUAUAUCGGAAACGAAGCUUGAGCAGACGCUAGCUGAGACACGCAAAUCUGUAAUGUCGGGCCUGCUGUCAAUUCCAAAGAAUUUACGCUUCGUUAAGAGCAGCAUCCCCUUUGUGGCGGAGCAGCUGCAACAGCUGUGUAAAGUAAAUGAUCCACAGGAGGACAUACUAUAUUUGGAGUCAACAGAAACGCUGAUCGUUAAAUAUAUAUUUUCACAAUAAAGGAAUGCUUGGCAGUUAGUUUUCGAGCUUGAUUGUAGUUUGAGACUUUGCAUGUGUACAUUCCCAUUACUAUUUUUGACCCUUACAAGUAGACGUUCUGUGU